AUGAAGUUACUAGGAUGGAUGCAUCGAAAGUUUCGUCAGAAUAGCAAUGAACCUGUUUUCCUCAUUGGGCAGCCAUCACUCGAUGAUCAGCAAUACUAUGGAAAGGCAAACUACGGCAAUAAACCCUUUAAACAAGGCCAGAGAGACCAUCAGCUUCGAAAUUCUUUUGCUGGUCUAGAAUCAGCCAAGGUAGAUCAAGAAGAUUACUUUGAAGAUGAAUCCUAUGCUGCGGCAUCUGAGCUCUUCCAUGGUUUUCUUGCAAUCGGUACAUUUGGCUCAGACCAAGUCAUCACCGAGCCAUCAACACCAACACUGGGCAUGUCUGUGGAGAAUAUCACUGAAAAAGAGACGGAGGCCACAGAGAAUGAACUGAAACUCAUAAAUGAUGAGUUGGAAAAGGUGCUGGUAGCUGAAGCUAAGGAUGAAAUUUGCAAUGAUUCAUCUGGAAGGAACAGCCAUGUUAGCAAUGGAAGAAGUAGUCAUGGUAGCACCAUUACAUUAAGUGGUAAGAUGCUAGAAGUCCCAGAAAGCAAUGGGACUAAUGGAACUACAGUCUGCCCACUUCAGGGAUAUCUUUUUGGGUCAGCAUAUGAGUUGCCAGAAACAACAACAGUAGCAAAGAAGGAGCAGAGGACAUCUCUUGGUGAGCUGUUUCAGAAGAGUAAACUGACCGAAGAGAAUUAUUCUGGAGCAAAACUCAGCAAGGAGGAGAAGAGAGCAGACCAGAAAGAAGCUGAUAAGUCUUCCAUUCAUUUGAUGAAAAAGAAGCUCAUGAAAAAAGUGCUUCACAUGAAUGCUUCUUCUCGAAGCUCUACAGCAGCUGGUGAACCUGGUUCAGCGGAAACAAAACUGAAUAAGAUCCUUCAGAUGUUCCACAGAAAAGUUCACCCAGAAAACUCGACUGCUGGGGAAAAAUCUGGCAAGUAUCAAAAGAGCGAGAAUAAAAAGAGAAGGAGCAGUGAUGGGAUCAGCAACCAUAGAGAUCAGGUCUUCCCAGAUGAUCAAGACAUCAUGUUAUAUCCUGAACAAGUCUCUUCAUCAAACCAGAUCAUGCGACGCUACAAGAGCCAAUCUAACCCUCCCCAGUUUGCACUUGGUGCCCUUGAUUCAAAUGGGAACAAGGAGCACUGGAUCAAAACUGAUGCAGACUACCUAGUCUUGGAGCUGUGA